AUGCAAUUGUCACUCAACACCACUGGCGAUGAGCUCUCACUACAGGCACACCUCACCCCGCCAGUGACCCCAAUAGGCAAAUCAAGCAAUCGCGAUUCCCUAGAUCAAUUGGAAGCUGGCGCAGACGCAUCACUAGUCAAGCAGACUAUAACCAAGCCGCUGCGCUUCAUCGACGAUCUAAAGAUCUGCCGCGACGCAGAUGACAAACCCAUCGAGUUUGGUCGUGGCGUCCUUAGCAUUGUCUACAAAGCAACCUCAACGCCACCUGCACCGCCCAUUGGCACCGACACUCCUCCCACCUCGCCCGCAUUCAGUAGUCGUGUUCUAGCCGCCAAGACACCCCUCCGCCGCGAUGCGCGCGCAGCUCUCCAAGCCGAAGCCCUAACCUUGACCCGCUUGAAUCGCAUUCCAGGCCACGAUGACCACGUCAUUGCAUUCUUUGGCGUAGAGGCCGCAACCGAAGCCCUCGUGAUGGCGGCAAUUCCUCUCGAACUGUCGACAUACGUGGAGAACCAGGCUGAUCUGCGCCAGAAGAACAUCUCGACCGCCACUAUGUUCGAGCCUGUCAUGGGAAUGGAUUCGUUCUUUGAUCUGGCGCACAAGUUGAUCGCAGGCUUGGCUUGGCUUCACAAUGAGGCUGGAUUAAUUCACGGAGACGUUAAACCGUUGAACAUCCUACUUCGACCUGUCGUGUCUGAUGAUUGUGCCGAUGCUGAUGCUACUUUGGACGCUUUCCCGUACCACCCGCUUUAUGCGGACUUUUCGUCGGCUUUGGACAUUCCUUCCGACCAGGAGGACAUCAACAGCAAAAUCACCGAUAUGUACGCUGUCACGGUUCCAUUCACAGCCCCGGAACUUCUGAAGUCGUUGACGUCGGGAAAUAUCGCGUUAUCACCCGCGUCAGAUGUCUUUUCUCUCGCUGCGACGCUGAUUGCCUGCGCGACGGGUGAUAUGCUCCUAUACCCAGGUGACCGGAGACGGCGCCAGCUGAUGGCGUGCGACGGGCACCAGAUUCUCGAUUUCACGAGGAACGGCGCGAACGGAGCUCGUGUUCCGUGCAAUGGGCCUGUUGAGAAGCUGGUCAAACCUGCGGUUGUCAAGGAUCCGUUGCAGCGCAUUACUGCCCAGGACUGGGUUGCUCUGGCCACUGCUUGA